UAUGCAUAUUUCGCUCUUGUCAUUGUUAGUAGUCUGGAAAUUGGAAUCAACCAAAUUCAGCUAGCAAGAUCUAGUGGAUGAAAAUCUUGGCCACUCUGAAAUGUUAUUUCAUUUCACAGGAGAAAUUUGUUUCUCUAGUAAGCCAUUUCGAGAUCCUUAAUGGCAGUUAGUAAUCUUCAGCAGGCUUUGUCAACCCUCUUGAAUUAUUUUUUUAAAAAAAUAAGCAAUGGGUGCUCUUUUGACGAUGCAUAAAGCAUACAUGAACUUCAUUCUUCACAGAAAUAUGAUCAAAAAUAUUUGCCUUGUGUUAUGUAAAAACCCAAUUUGGCAAUGAAUGUAUUAUUGUCAUGUGUACAGAGGUAGAUUGCAAAAUAUUUUGAAUGUCAUCCAUACAAAUAAUUACAUUACGUCAGCGCAUCGAGUUAGCACAAGGGGAAACAGUAACAGAACGCAGAGUAGAGUGUUGCAGCUACAGAGAAAGUGUAGAGCGGGUGGACAAUGAAGUGCAAAGUCAUAAGGUCAAUGUACCGAGGCCAUGAUCAGCAUCGAGUCCAUGGAAGGGAGCCUGGAAGAUGUACAGGUGUGACAGGAUCAGGUAGUACUGAGUGCUCAUGUGGCAGAAACCAUUUCACGUGUGCAGUGAGUGCAUUUGGUGAGUGUACCUGUAUUCCAGCUCAGUGGCAGUGUGAUGGAGACAACGAUUGUGGAGAUCAUAGUGAUGAAGAUGGCUGCAUGUUGCCAACCUGUUCCCCUUUGGAGUUCCAUUGCGACAACGGCAAGUGCAUCCGGCGUUCCUGGGUCUGUGACGGUGACAACGAUUGUGGAGAUGAUUCCGAUGAGCAGGAUUGCCCACCUCGUGAGUGUGAAGAAGAUGAGUUUCACUGCCAGAAUGGUUAUUGUAUCCGGAGUCUGUGGCAUUGCGAUGGUGACAAUGACUGUGGGGAUAACAGUGAUGAACAGUGUGACAUGAGAAAAUGCUCUGACAAAGAGUUCCGCUGCAAUGAUGGCAGCUGCAUCGCAGAGCACUGGUAUUGCGACGGUGACACAGAUUGCAAAGAUGGCUCUGAUGAAGAUGGCUGUCCUGCCGAAGUCCCUAUUACCAACUGCAGUAUGGAGGAAUUUCAAUGUGCUUAUGGGCGUUGUAUUCUUGACAUAUACCAUUGUGACGGUGACGAUGAUUGUGGAGACUGGUCCGAUGAAUCGGAUUGUGCUUCCCAUCACCCCUGUCGGUCCGGAGAGUUCCUUUGUAAUAGCGGGCUCUGCAUUAAUGCUGGCUGGAGAUGUGAUGGCGAUUUUGACUGUGAUGAUCAGUCCGAUGAGAAAAACUGCACUGCCUCGCAGUGUACAGCAGACCAGUUUCGCUGCAAGUCGGGCCGCUGUAUACGCUUGUCGUGGCGAUGUGAUAGAGAGGACGAUUGCUCUGACAACAGUGAUGAAGAAAACUGUGAGAAGACAGAAACACCACAGUGUGCUCCCGAUCAGUUCACAUGUGGCAAUGGCCGGUGCAUUGGUCAACGGAAAGUCUGCAACGGGGCAAAUGAUUGUGAAGAUGGUAGUGACGAAAACCCACACCAGAACUGUCGUGAGCAAUCUGAGGAGGAAAGCUGCAACGUAAACAAUGGUGGAUGCGGGCACAAGUGUCAGCAGGUUCGAGGCAUCGUCCAAUGCACGUGUCACACGGGCUAUCGAUUAAUGGAGAAUGGAAAAUCGUGCCAAGACAUCGAUGAGUGUGCUGAAGAUGGAUACUGCAGCCAAGGUUGUACCAAUUUAGAUGGAGGAUUCCAGUGCUGGUGUGUCCAGGGAUAUGAACUGCGACCUGAUAAACGUGGCUGCAAAGCUCUAGGACCAGAACCGGUGCUGCUGUUUGCAAAUCGGAUUGAUAUCCGUCAGGUGCUACCCCGCCGAUCAGAAUACACCCUCCUUCUUAACAACCUGGAGAAUGCCAUUGCUCUAGACUUCCAUCACAGCAAAGAGCUGGUGUUCUGGUCUGAUGUGACCUUGGACCGGAUUAUGAAAGCAAACCUGAAUGGAAGUAACGUUGAGGAAGUUGUGUCAACCGGUCUCGAGAGUCCAGGUGGUCUUGCCAUCGACUGGAUCCACAACAAGUUAUACUGGACAGAUUCUGGGACAUCGCGAAUUGAGGUCUCAAAUCUUGAUGGAACACAGCGAAAAGUACUUUUGUGGCAAAACUUAGAGAAACCUCGUGCUAUAGCACUUCAUCCUAUAGAAGGAACCAUAUAUUGGACAGACUGGGGCAACACUCCUCGGAUAGAAUAUGCUGCCAUGGAUGGAUCCAACCGGAAAAUCAUUGCAGACACCCAUCUGUUCUGGCCCAACGGACUCACCAUUGACUAUGCAGGUCAAAAAAUGUACUGGGUAGAUGCCAAGCAUCAUGUGAUUGAACGUGCAGAUCUUGAUGGUCAGAACAGGAAAGCAGUGAUCAGCCAAGGCCUCCCUCAUCCUUUUGCCAUCACUGUGUUUGAAGACAGUCUGUACUGGACAGACUGGCACACCAAAAGCAUAAAUAGUGCCAACAAAUUUACUGGGAAAAAUCAAGAGAUUAUCCGCAAUAAACUUCACUUUCCAAUGGAUAUUCAUACACUUCAUCCACAGCGACAGCCAGCAGCAGGGAGAAACCGCUGUGGGACCAACAAUGGAGGAUGCAGCCACCUCUGCCUUCCCAGUGGCACUAACUACACUUGCGCUUGUCCUACCGGCUUCAAAAAGGUCGAUGGCUACAACUGUGCUGAAAGUCUUGACAAGUUCCUGCUUUUUGCUCGAAGGACGGACAUCCGUCGCAUCAGCUUUGACACUGAGGACAAGUCUGAUGAUGUCAUUCCACUGGCUGACGUGCGCAGUGCUGUUGCGCUUGACUGGGACGCCAAAGGGGAAUACAUCUAUUGGACAGAUGUUACCACCGACUCUAUCAACAGGGCUAAGUGGGAUGGAACAAAGCAGGAGGCAGUAGUGGAUACCAGUCUGGAGAGCCCUGCAGGGCUUGCAGUUGACUGGGUGACAAACAAGCUUUACUGGACAGAUGCAGGAACUGACAGAAUUGAAGCCUCAAAUUUAGAUGGUACCAUGCGAACAGUCCUCAUCUGGGAGAACCUGGACAGACCCAGAGACAUUGUGGUGGAUCCUAUUGGAGGGUACAUGUAUUGGACAGACUGGGGAGCCAGUCCAAAGAUUGAACGUGCAGGGCUGGAUUCUUCUGAACGGAUUGUAAUCAUUUCUUCCAAUCUCACCUGGCCCAAUGGCUUAGCGGUAGACUAUGGCACAGAGAGACUGUACUGGGCUGAUGCAGGCAUGAAGACUAUCGAGUAUGCCAACCUCAAUGGAACUGCAAGAAGGGUCCUGAUCGGCAGCCAGCUGCCUCACCCUUUCGGAUUGACUAUACAUAAUGAUAAAAUCUAUUGGACUGACUGGCAAUCAAAAAGCAUUCAGAGUGCGGAUAAAAACAGUGGCCUGGGACGUGUGAUUCUGCGAGAAAACCUAGAAAACUUAAUGGAUAUUCAUAUGUUCCAUAGGCAUCGAACACCAGUGGCUACCAUGUGUAAAUUAAACAAUGGUGGUUGCAGUCACCUCUGUCUUCUCGCUCCAUUGCCUAAGGCUUACAGCUGUGCGUGCCCCACAGGCAUUAAUCUCCUUGCAGACGGAAAGACAUGUGCACCUGGUAUGACCAGCUUCCUUAUAUUCGCGCGGAGAACAGAUAUCCGAAUGGUGUCGCUUGAUAUUCCUUACUUUGCUGAUGUGGUGGUGCCUGUGAAUGGAACAAUGAAAAAUACAAUUGCAAUUGGAGUUGAUCCUAAAGAAGGAAAGGUGUACUGGUCAGACAGCACUCUGAAUAAAAUUAGCAGAGCCAACUUGAAUGGAUCACAGCAAGAAGAUAUUGUAACCACAGGAUUAAUGACCACUGAUGGACUGGCAGUGGAUGCGACCGGCCGAAAAAUAUACUGGACUGAUACAGGGACCAAUAGGAUUGAGGUUGCUAAUUUGGAUGGAACAAUGAGAAAAGUUCUGAUCUGGCAGAAUUUGGACAGUCCAAGAGCCAUUGCUCUUCAUCAUGAGAAAGGAUACAUGUAUUGGACAGACUGGGGAGAACAUGCCAAGUUAGAACGUGCUGCGAUGGAUGGAUCAGACAGAAUGAUUCUCAUCAAUAGUAACCUGGGCUGGCCUAAUGGUCUGGCGAUUGACAAAGUGGGGUCUAGGCUUCUUUGGGCUGAUGCGCACACUGAGCGUAUUGAAGCAGCAGACCUGAAUGGUGCUAAUCGCCGAACUCUAGUCACACCUGUCCAGCAUCCUUAUGGCCUGACUCUGCUUGGUCAUCACAUUUAUUGGACAGAUUGGCAGACUCGAAGCAUCCAACGAGCUGACAAGGACACAGGCGGCAACAUGAUUACAGUGCGAGGCAACUUGCCAGGGCUAAUGGACAUUCAAGCAGUUGACCGUGUUCAGCCUGUCGGUUUUAACAAGUGUAGCGUCAGGAAUGGAGGCUGCAGUCACCUCUGCCUCCCUCGUCCUAGUGAUAUCACCUGUGCAUGUCCAACAGGAAUCAAAAUGAAGCCUGAUGGCAGAACUUGCGACAAUGCCCCUGAGACCUAUCUGCUGUUCUCCAGCCGUGGCAGUAUCCGGCGGAUCUCUCUGGAUACAACAGACUACACUGAUGUAUACGUUCCCGUUCCUGAACUGCAUAACGUCAUUUCUCUGGAUUAUGACAGUGUGGAAAUGAAGGUGUAUUAUACAGAUGUCUUCCUGGAUGUCAUCAGAAGUGCAAACCUCAAUGGCAGUGGCAUGGAGACUGUGAUUAGCCAGGGUCUAAAAACAACUGAUGGCUUGGCCAUUGACUGGGUAGCAAGGAACCUGUAUUGGACAGACACAGGCAGAAACACUAUUGAAGUGUCUUGGCUCGAUGGAACCUGUCGCAAGGUGCUAAUCAACAACAGCCUGGAUGAGCCGAGGGCAAUUGCUGUAUUUCCCAGGAAAGGGUAUCUCUUCUGGACAGACUGGGGAAAUCUUGCCAAAAUAGAGCGUGCACAGCUGGAUGGAACAGACCGCGAAGUCCUAAUCAACACAGAUCUGGGUUGGCCUAAUGGCCUAACCUUGGAUUAUGACACAAGAAGGAUCUACUGGGUGGAUGCUCACUUAGAUAGAAUAGAAAGUUGUGAUUUAAAUGGGAAACUUCGGCAAGUUCUGAUUGGCCAAGUCACACACCCCUUUGCCUUAACUCAGCAUGAUCGCUGGAUCUACUGGACUGACUGGCAAACCAAAUCGGUUCAGCGUGUGGACAAAUACACAGGUCGGAACAAGGAGACCAUCCUUGCUAAUGUAGAAGGACUGAUGGACAUCAUUGUAGUCUCCCCACAAAGGCAAACAGGUACUAAUUCAUGUGGUGUCAAUAAUGGAGGAUGCACACAUCUUUGCUUUGCCAGGACAACAGACUUUGUGUGUGAAUGCCCAGAUGAACCAGAUGGACGGCCAUGCUCAGUGGUUCCUGGAUAUGUGCCUCCGUUUCCAGAGACCACCAGCUCUGAUGAGAAGCCUGAUUCUGUUGGCCCUCGCAAAGCUUCUGACACCUUCCCUGCAAAACCCACGCAUGCCAUUAAGAACACAAGUGAAAACUGUUCUCAGAAAGAUGCAAGUCAAGGUCUCUGUGAUCAGGAUGAAAGUCAGGUGUUGCCUGCAAUAAAUGGUGAAGGACUACAUGUAAGUUACAUCGUUGGGGCCAUUUUGACUAUAUUAGCUAUCCUGAUACUUAUUGCUGCCUUCAUUAUAUACAGGCACAAAAAAUCAAAGUUCGAUGAUCCAGCUGUGAGCAAUCUAACUUACAGCAACCCAUCAUACCGGACGUCUACACAAGAAGUGAAGAUAGAAACGGUUCAGAAACCACCUCUGUAUAAUCAGCUGCGAUAUAAGAAAGAGACUGCUACAGAUAGUAGUUACACAAAAGGAAAGAUAAAAAUUGUCGAAGGCAUCUGCUUGCUGUCGAAUGACAACAUGUAUUGGGAUGACUUAAAACAGAUUAAGAACACCCGGGGAGGAAUUCUUCGAGAUCACGUUUGCAUGAAGGCAGAAACACUAUCUGUCCAGGGCAGCACGGACUCGCUUGACGAUACAGAGACAGAGCAGCUGCUACAGGAUGAACCAUUGUCUGAAUGUAGCAGUGUAAAUACAAGCACACAGGAAAGAAGUGGCAUCCCCUUGCCUGACACUGGUUGGCAGUACAAUCGCAAACCCUCAACUGAAAGUGAGGUCUGAUGGGAAGUAGCUUUCUUUUCCUUCAUGUUCUAUUUAAAAAAAAGUUUCUAUGGCAACUUCUGACCAUGACUGAGCAUGCUCCAGGCAAGAUGGGGCCUCAGAUUCUUCCAUCAAGAUCAAGACACACAACUCAACUGGGACUAAAUGGUACUACAGUUUGUCACCAAUCCAUCCUCCAAAAAAAAGCACAGUACAUGGAAGAAUGGAUUGAAGCCAAGUGAUCAUAACUCUCUAAAAGUGUUUUUGAAAUAUCUGACUUCCAAUUUCAUUUUCAGAUUUAUAUAAGGAACAGUUGUGGUUAAUGUGUGAAUGUACAGAUGAUUAUCUGUGGCAUGCAUUAGCCUACUUUUACACUGUAGAGAAUUCCUCCAUUAAAAUGGAUAUACUUCUGUAUGUAGAACAGAGUACUCUUUUUUGGAAAAGGCUUUUCAUUCUGUAAGCAGGGCUUGCGAUUUUUGGUCUCCUGAGGAACAGUAUGAAAAUCCUUGUAGUCUCAGGUAAGACUUCGGCUACAUAAGGGUGAAUUUUGAAAGGACAUAUUUAGUUAACCCCUUCAUUCUUCUUCUCUAUGGCAUCCAGACACAGCUGAGGUUGUAAAUGUGACCGGAAUCACUGUAUUUUCCUCUUGCUUUGAAAAGAGGAUUAAGGAAUUGGCAAAUACUAAUACAGAUCCAGCUGCAUUUUCCCUUAAGUAUCUGUCUAAGCACUGAUUUACAAUUAAUAAUCUAAUUUUGUACUUGCAUGCUGCUGCCAUCAAUAGUUGCAAACUGUACUCAUGAUAUCAGCAGGAGUUAUCUCUUUUACCCACUCUGUAUGUUUAGUUGAAAUGUAAAAUAUUAGACCAGAGCAAGCUAAUUACAUUAAAUAGCACAAAUUACCGAUUGUUACAGAAGAUUGUGUUAAUUAUAAAUAAUGAGGCAGAAUUCAGCAUUUUAUAUUGAACCUUACACAUAGAGGUCACGGUAUUACUUUACAUUUUUAAAUGGAAAUACAGAGCAAGUUUUGGGGAAACAGUCAACAUUACUACAAGCAAUUCUGCAAGCGGCUAUUAAAUUGAAUUUACAUUGAAUUUGAGUGACAAGUGAACACAUUAAAGGGAGCAAAGAGAAAUCAUAUUUCAAAAUUUUCUAUUAUAAUUAAAGUAUCAAACAAAUAAAGAACAAAAUGCUGGAGGAACAGAACACAUCAGGCAACAUCUGUGGAGGGGGAAUAAACAGUUGAUGUUUCGGGCCAAGACCCUUCAUUAGGACUACAUCAGGACUCAAAGAAGUGAACAAUUACUUCAAGCUGAAUCGAUUUAUUACAACAAUACUACAUUAACAGUUGUGCUUAGAAACUUAAAUUUCAAAGCAAAACUACAAAAAGUUCUUGGCAAUAAAAAAGCAGAAAAUACUCUGCAGGUCAAGCAGCAUCUGUAAAGGAGAAAGAAAGUUUCAUAUGAUGACAAGUCAUUUUACCUAAUAUAUUAACUCUAAUUGGUUCAGAAAUGUUACCUGAUCUGCCACCAAUUUGCAGCAUUAUCUAUAGCCUUUUUUGGAUUUAUGGAGUAUUUUAUAUUUCAAAUUCCGAUAGAUUGGUCAAUUAAAUAAAAAUCCAGCAAUGGAACGUAUUAUUGCACAUUUUGCUUCCAACUGAAAUGAUGUCUUUGCUAAGGGUACUCAUUAAUUGAAACCACUUCAAUAAAAUAUCUCCUGAAUAUUCAGCUCGUUACAUAAAAUCUAAUUUUUUGGAGUCAAUCCAAUCCUAACUUUGAAUUUACAUCAUUAUAUGUGUUCUGGUUUUAAGUCAAGAAGAGCACUGAUUCACAAAAUCAGUGUUCUGCAAGUGGAAGACAUACUCUGUAUUUUUUUUGUUAAAGGAACAAUGGCAGAAUUUUACAAUUAUUCCCUGUAAGGCACCAUGCUGUUAAUAAUUUAAAUUAAACUAUAAGUCUGCCUGAUUUAAAUAUUUUCAGCACAGCAGACAAAUGAUCACAAUUGAGUGCUGAAAAUUAAUAGAUAUAAUGUCACAGUCAUUAGCUCAACACUUCCCCAAAUAUUCAGCUUGGGGACUUUUAAAUCCAUCUAUUUUCCAAUGAGCUAUUUCUGCUAUUUUGCUGGCCUGCUGCAUUUAAAUGUAUGUCAUAAAUUAUUGUUACUUUUACCUAGGGAAGUGUUGAUUUUUUUCUUAUUAAAUUCCACUCUUCCAGAGCAAUUGCAGUGACAUUUCAUUUAGAUAUAAAAGUAAGAUAUUGUGCUGAUUGUUCUAACUUAUGUCACUUUAUCAGCCAAACAAUUGGAAUUUAGUGAUCACUUAAGUAUUUCAUGAUGCUGAAAUUAUCAUCUAGGAAAUACUUUUUUCCAACCCCAAUCCUUAACAAAAACAGAAGGACAGGAGACUCCAUGCUGCUCCUGUGGAUAAGGCUAAAGGAAAACUUCCCAAUUUGUUUCAGAUUCCAUUGAUACCUCAGUAUUAUCAAUUACCUCUGUAAUUCUUUCAGAGAGUACUAUAUCCUGCUACUUGUUUUAUAUUUCACAUCUUCCAGCAACAUCAUUGCUUUGACUCCCAACUUCAACAGAUCAGUUACUUCAUCCGCAUGCUGUUUGCAUUCAGAUUUUGAUUGUUGGUUUGAUAGUGUCGCUUACAAUCAAAUGAGGAAAAUUAUUGAAUCAUCAGUAGUAAAUUAAUUGACUUAAAAUUAAAUUACAGGCAGAUUUUUGUUUCCACUCGGUGAUUAAUUGUUUUGUUCCUUUUUUAAUUAUUUUGUAUCUUUUUUGCCAACAAAUGGUCAAAGCUGAAAGUAAAGCCAAGAUUCAGAGGUGCUUUGCUCUCAUUCAGCAUGUUUAUUUGCUUAGAAAUGCAUUUCUUUGACCAAAUGACUUAACUUUUAACCUUUUGAGUGCCUAGCAUUUGUGUCUUUAGAUGAAUGUGAUGCUAUUUUAUCCAGAUCACACGUUUGGGCCACGUUUCCUGUUUGUCUACACAUCAAAGCAUGCAUUUUUUUGAUCUAAUAAUUGGAUGCUAAUUGAACAAAGGACAUUUGCUAUGUUAUGACAAGAAGUGUUUAAAUAUGUAAAUAUUUGAUAAAGUUCUAGGAUUAUUAAAAGAUAAACUCUACUGCCCCUGAAGAUAGAUUUUAUCCCUUCAAAAAUUCAAAUAUUUGCAAGAUUCUUUCCUUUGCCAAUGAUAAGAAUAUUAAUAUAGUAAAUUUAAUGUUCUUUGAUGGAAUUGCACCAGGGCUUUUAACCCUUUGAGCACUCAGAAAUCAUUUUAUAGCUUUUCAAUACAAGUGCUUCUUUAUUUAAAAAAGAUAUUUUUCUGAUUGAAUUUUUGACCAUUUAUCCUAUAUAUUGACAAAUUUUAUAGCAUGCAACUUGCUAGUUUUGUGAACUUGGGUGGUUAUUCAAUAACACUAGAGGUUGUGUUGUCCAAUGUACAGUCUGCCCAUAACCCAGAAUUUACUUAAUUCAAAUGAUAUCUCUCUCUUCACAUUGAACUCCCAUUUUGCUGUGUUACCUACACCACUUAUUUCAAAUUGCUUUCAUUUUUUAAAAAUGCAGAUUAACCUUUGUAUUAUCAGGAGUAGAGAUUUUAUUGGGGAUCUUCUGUACUCAAUGGGUUAAAAUACUUGGGUAGUUAACUAACUGUGACAAUAACUGAAAAAUUGAGCUAUUUAAGAUGAAAAUUAUGGAAUUUUAGGGAAUUAACCAAUUUUCAUGUAUAGACUUAUAUUUGGAUAACAACCAGCUCAAAUAUCCAUAUUGCCAGGUAUCUUAACUAGAACAGCAUUUUUUUUUUGUGUGGAGUAAUUCCAUUGCACUCACAGGAAUAUUUUGUAUUCCACUUUGUCAACUUAGAAAAUACUAUAAAAGCAUAAAUAUUUUUAAAUUGUUUUGAAUAUUAUGUUGCAUCUAACAGAAGGGAAAGCAAAAUAAAUAGAUUGAAAUAUAAUACUGCAUUUGGACAUUAGUCAUGCAUUUGUCUUCCAGUUGUGUAAUAAUAUAUUUUUGUUGAGCAGCUACAUAACUAAUUUGGGACUUUGUAAUUAUCCUAAAUUAAAAUCUGUGAUAUUUAAGACAGUCUUGAAACUGCUAACUUUGUUCAGCUAGAAAAUGUUUACAGAACAAUUGUUUAGUGUGAGCUAUAUAUCUAUGUGUGUACAUAAAAUGAAUUGGUUAUUAAAAUUGGAUGUUUUCUAAAUGUUUUAUAUCUGUGUAAUAUUUGAAACAAUGAACUGUGCUUAUUUGUUUUAUCUUGUCAUCAUAAUUAGUUAAAACUUCUUAAAAACACCAUUUGUGACUCAUAAUUUUGACCAUCUUUAUGAAAUUAUAUUAAAUAGUGAGGCAAAGCAAGGAGAUAGAGAGUAUGGGUGGGGUAUAAGUACUUCCAUAGUUCCUUUGGACCAUAUACUAUGUUUCUGUGCUAUAAAAUAACAUACAAAACAAUUUCAGUUCUUUCUUGUAGGAGGGAAAAGCACAUUAAAAUGAAAUAAAUUAGUACUAAGUACUUCAUUAAACAAAUUAACCAGUUACACCUUUAUGCCCAGUUUGGACUUCAGCUUUCCCAUUUGUAUCCAUUCCUAGGUGUUGCAGGUUGCUCUGACUAAAGCAUUAGAUAGAUCAAUAAUUGAUUAUCUAUAGUAUCGUCAUACAAUAUUUCCUUCAGAUAUAUAUCGUGUGUUCACAAUUUCUGUUGUGCCAGGAUGAUUUCUGGUGCUGAUGACUGGGCUGGGUGAGCAUAGUUUUCCUAUAUACUCACAACCAAAGAGGAUU